AUGUCGGAGCAAGAGCGCUAUGGGGACGGACUGUGCGACGAUGGAGCUCCGGAGAUCAUCCCGCCGAGAGCGUCCAGGACGGGAAGGCGGAGCGGAGUCAUCCUCCCCAGCCAGGACAACGAUACCAUCGUCCUGGAGGCAGUGAGGGCAGCCCCACGCAGGAGCAGCAUCAUCAAGGAUCCUUCAGUGCACAAGGUGGCCGGCGGGCGCAAGAAGACUGUGUCCUUCAGUAGCAUCCCCUCAGAGAAGAAGGUGAGCAGCGCUGCCGACUGCUUGGCCUUCAUGCAGGGGGGCUGUGAGCUGAAGAAGGUGCGUCCCAACUCCCGGGUCUACAGUCGUUUCUACACACUGGACCAGGACCUCAGCUGCCUGCGCUGGGAGCCCUCUAAGAAGGAUGGGGAGCGCGCCCGCCUGGACAUGGCCACUAUCAGGGAGGUUAGGACGGGGAAGAGCACUGAGACCUUCCUCCAUAACGGACCUGCUGCAGAACAUCUGGCUGAGGAGGCAGCCUUCUCUAUCAUCCACGGGGAUGACUACCAGUCUCUGGACCUGGUGGCUCUCUCCCCUGACGUGGCCAACAUCUGGGUAACGGGGCUGCGUUACCUGGUGUCCCACCCCUCUGUCAUCGGGCAUGGAGGGGGGGCAGGUGGGGGAGGAGGUCUGGGAGAGGGGAGCAUCAUAGGGGAGGGGAGCCUCGGCAGUAAGAUGAGGAGGGAUUGGCUGGCCGCAGAGUUUGCCGAGGUGGAUGAGGAUGGAUACGGGGUCGUCACAGAGGAUACGGCCGUGGCAACCAUCUGCAAGCUGUGUCCUGGGAUCAAGGAAGCUAAGGUGCGUCUGAGGUUCAAGGAGAUCCAGAGGAGCAAGGAGAAGCUGACGUCUCACGUGACGCGUGAGGAGUUCCAGGAGGCCUUCUGUGAGCACUGCACGCGCCCAGACGUCUACUUCCUAUUGGUCCAACUCUCCAAGGACCGCGAGUGUCUGGACGCCCAGGACCUCCGUCUCUUCCUGGAGACAGAGCAGGGCCUGUCUCUGGCCACGCCCGAGGGCUGUCUGGAACUGGUCCGACGCUUUGAGCCCUCCGGCCCUGGGAAAGAGAGAGGUCUACUGGCUCUGGAUGGAUUCUCCCGCUACCUGCAGUCCCCAGAAUGCCAGCUGUUUGACGUGGAGCACCAGGCAGUGUGUCAGGACAUGAGCCUGCCCCUGUCCCACUACUACAUCAGUACCUCCUAUCGGUCCUAUCUCCUGGAUGACCAGGUCCAUGGAAGGGCUGAUCUAGGGGGCCUGACCAGGGCACUGCAGGCCGGGUGUCGGUGCCUAGAGCUGGGGGUGACAGAUGGCCCAGAGGGGGAGCCCCUCCUGGGGGUGGACUAUGGUCCUGAGGCCCACCACCACCACCACCACCACCAUCACCACCAUCACCACGCCCCUGUCACCAUCCGCAGUGCCCUGGAGGUGGUCAAUAAGUAUGCCUUCCUGACCUCGCCCUACCCGCUGCUGCUCUACCUGUGCCACCGCUGUUCUCCCUCCCAGCAGCGUACCUUGGCCCAGCACCUGAGGAAGGUGUUCUCUACACGUCUCUACACCCCUGAGGCCCUGCCGGUCAGCCUGGGGGGUCGAGCCACCACCCUACCCUCGCCAGAGCAGCUGAAGGGCAGAGUGCUGCUGGUGGGGAAGAAGCUACCGCCUGAAGAGGAGGGGUCUGAGGGAGAGGUGUCAGAGGAGGACGAGGAGAUAGGGGGAGGCGGGCCCUUGGCUGGUCGAAGAAUGACCAUACCCGGGGAGGAGGAACUGGGCGCGGUUUUAGUAGUGCCCCCGCCCCCUCAGCCCAGGAGACUCCGCCUCCGACGUGAGCUAUCAGAUCUAGUGGGCGUGGCUAGAAUCGGAAGCCGUAGCUUCUACAACCACCGAGAAACAAGGAAACAAGGACAGCAGCACUCCCCGCCCAGCACCCCCUCCACCCCGGGCACGCCCUUUCCCCCCGAGUCGCCCUAUUGGACGCUGUGCUCCCUGGGGGAGGGAGAAGCGGGACGGCUGGCCAGUGAGAGCCCAGAGGAAUUAGUAAGCUUCACCAAGCGCACCCUGAGCCGUGUCCGGCCAAGCUCCGUCCGCCUGGACUCCUCCAACCCCAACCCCCAGGGCUACUGGAAGGGCGGGGUCCAGCUAGUGGCCCUCAACCAGCAGACCCCCGGGGCCAUGCUGGACCUCCACAGAGGCCGGUUCACCCAGAACGGGGGCUGUGGCUUCGUGCUGCGGCCAGGGGUCAUGAGAGAUGAGGUGUCCUACUUCAGUGCUGUGACCCAGGGCUGUGUGCCUGGCGUUCCCCCUCAGACCCUCAGGGUGAAGGUGAUCAGCGCUCACAGCCUGCCCAAGCCGCAGGGCGCCGGCGCUAAAGGAGAGGUUAUAGAUCCCUACGUGGUUCUGGAGCUGCAUGGGGUACCGGCAGACUGCGCUGAGCAACGGACCCGGACUGCAGCACAGAACCAGGAUGACCCACUGUUUGAUGAGACUUUUGAGUUUCAGGUGAACAUGCCAGAGUUGGCGCUCCUCCGCUUCGUGGUAUUGGACGACGACUACAUCGGAGAUGACUUCAUUGGCCAGUACAGCGUGGCAUUCGAGUGCCUUCAACCGGGCUACCGCAACGUGCCCCUGCUGGGUCUGGUGGGAGACCCCUUGCCCCACGCCAGCCUAUUUGUCCAUGUGGCUGUGACCAAUCGGCGAGGAGGGGGCAAGGCCCAGAGGAGGGGUCUGUCUGUGCGGAGAGGGGUGCGGCGGGGGCGAGAGUACGUGACCCUACGGAACACGGGUAUUAAAGCUCUGGAUGAUACGUUCCGCCCCGCUAGUGCCCCUCUCAAGGAGGCCACGGACUUGCGGGAGGAUGCACAGAGGGCCAGUAUGACUUUCAAGGAGCAUUGUGGGCUCCCCCCAGUGGCCAAGCUGAAGCAGUGCAUCCAGAGCCUGGCCACGCGGCUUCAGACCCCAGAAGGCCCUCCGGUGGCCAGCAUGACCCUGAAGGAUGGCUACCCCCACUUGGAGGCCCUGGGCAGCAUCACUGACACCACGCGCAAACUACUGAGCCACUAUGAUAUGAUGAUCUCAGCCCAGAAGCAGCUGAUUGAGAAGGCAGACGCUGUGCAGGAGAGGAUUGCACAGGUUCAGAGAGAGGGAAUGGAGUUUCAUGAGGAGCUGCCUAGGCUGGGAGAGAAGGAAGGGCUGAAGGGUCGCAAGCAGAGCAAAGCCCUGGAGAGUUUCACCUGGAACAUCACUGUACUCAAGGGUCAGUGUGAUCUCCUGCAUGGUGCCAAGGCAGACUCUCUGGAUGCUCUGAGACAGUUGGCCCUGGCCUGUGAAGCCUGUGGCUUGACCUCUACCACCUCCUGCGGUCCCUCUGACCUCCUCUACACCCCUCACGGCAGGAGGGGCAGCACUCAGGAGAGAAGGGGCAGCACCCAUGGCAAUGGAAGAAUCUGACACACCCAACCUACCAGAGAGAGGGAGGGGGAGACAGGGAUGGAGCGGAAGAGAUGGUGACACCCCCCAAAAUCCCAAACUACCAGAGAAAGGGAUGGAGGGGAUGGGGACAGAGAGAGAGUGGAAUGGUCUAGAAUAGAGGCCAGAGCCUAUCCCUUUAUCCAGAAUAAAGUAGCAAGACUACUGAAGAAUGGUUGCAGUAAUUGGCCAGCCUUACUUUGUGUUCAUCAGUCCUGAGGCUUUUUAACAAAACAUGAAUGUUCUUACGUUACGUAAAAAACACUUGUGCUUAUUUAACAAUGUGAUCUUGGACUUAAUAUAACUUUCUCAAUUUCUUUCUGAUGGAAAAACAUCAGAAAGUUUCACUAAAUGAAAUGAAACAUCAGAAAGUUUUCACUAAA